AUGAUUCAUGUAAUCAGAAACUUUCUACUUCUUUUCUUUCUUUUCUUUUCUUUUUUCUUUUUUAAUUUUCUUUCAUUCAUCUUUUUUCUUUUUUUCUUUUCCUAUUCUUUCUUUGUUUUUUUCGUUUUUUUCUUUCUUUUCUUUCACCAUUCUUUUAUAUUUGCCUUCCCCCAUAUUUUUCUUUAUCAAAAAAUCCAUUCUUUUAUUUUUCUUUCCUUCCCCAUUCUUUUCUUUCUUUGUCAAUUCUUCUCAAUUCUUUUCUUUCUUUGCCUUCCCUUUUUUUCUUUUUCUUUUUCCAUUCUUUUCUUUCUUUUUUUUAUUUUUUUUUUCUUUUCUUCUUUCUCCAAUUUUUUUUUCUUGCAAUUUUGUCCUUCCCCAUUCUUUUAUUUCUUUAGGACUAACGUUAAUUCUUUUUUUUCUUUGCCUUCCCCCAUUCUUUUCUUUCUUUCCCUUUUAUUUUUUUUCUUUUCUUUCCCUUUUCUUUCUUUCCAUCUAAUAAUUUUCUUUUCUUUGGAUUCUUUUCUUUUUCUUUCUUAUUCUUCCCCCAUUCUUUUCUUUCUUUUCCUUCCCCAUUCUUUUCUUUCUUUGAAACAUUCCAUUCUUUUUUUUCUUUUAAUCCCCAUUCUUUUAAUUUUUGCUUUCCCCCAUUCUUUUCUUUCUUUUGUCUUCCCCAUUCUUUUCUUUAAAUUCUUCCCCCAUUCUUUUCUUUCUUUUCUUUUCCCCCAUUCUUUUUUUUCUUCCCCAUUCUUUACUUUGCUUUCUUUAUUUUUUUCAAAAUCUUUUUUUCCUUUGGUUUUUUUUUUUUUUUUUUUCAAAAUAAGUGAAUUCUUGUUUUCUUUCUUUUGCUUUCUCCAUUCUUUUUUUUUUUUUUCCUUCCAUUUUUUUUUUCUUUCUUUUGUUCAUUCUACUUCUUUUUUUCAUUUCGUGAUUCUUUUCUUUUUUUUUUCCCCAUUGGGAACUUUUUAUCUGGUGAAUUCAUUCUUUUCUUUGUUUGUUUUUUUUCUUUUUUUUUCCUUUUUAUAUCUCUGA